CCUAGGAUUGUGAGAUAAGUGGAGAUAGAGAUACAAACAGAGAAAGAAAGAAAGAGAGAGUGGAGUAUUAGUUAGUAUUAAAAUACACAUUAAAAUAUUACCAAUAUUUAAUAGUAAAGCAAAUACCUAAUUCCACUUGUAGGUAGGUAGGCCUAUUGCAACUUCUGAAUGUGUACAUGGAUUCGCUGAUGCGGCUGUUUUAUCUUUGUGGAGUUUGCUUCAGUACUUCUCCAUCACGUUUGGAAGUUUGACAGAGACUAUUGAAAAUUCCAGAAAUCCCCGAGGACGGAUUUCGGGGUUUUCUGAAUGAGUCGUGCACUGUUCUCUGCUCUCUGGGUCUAGUCUACCCGUCUCUCCUCGCCACAUCCUGCCCCCACCCCACCUCCGCUGGCGGGGGGAGAGACGAUGAGAGACCGGCGCCCUGGGCUUCUUUAUGCUGUAAUAACGAAGGGAAUAUGGACGGCACACCGGCUUGCCUGCUCAUCUGUCUGUGCCUGGUCAUACCGCUAUGUGCCGCGGAACAACCGGACAAACCGGACAAACCGAAGCAUAGACAUCCACGACAGAGAGAUGCCGAAUUUGUCGAUAAAUACAGCACGUGUGUGCAGGGCCCGGCUGGUGUCCAGGGCCGCGAUGGGAACCCGGGCGUUAACGGCAUACCAGGAACCCCAGGGAUACCAGGCCGGGAUGGGCCCAGGGGGGAGAAGGGGGAGUGCAUCAGCGAAAGGUUUGAAGACCCCUGGAGGCCCAACUUCAAACAGUGCGCCUGGAACUCCCUCAACUACGGCAUCGACCUGGGCAAGAUCGCUGACUGCACCUUCACCAAGCGGCGCACCGACAGCGCCCUGCGCGUCCUCUUCACCGGCUCGCUGCGUCUGAAGUGUAAGACGGCGUGCUGCCAGCGCUGGUACUUCACCUUCAACGGGGCCGAGUGCACGGCGCCCCUGCCCAUAGAGUCCAUCAUCUAUCUGGACCAGGGCAGCCCCGAGCUCAACUCCACCAUCAACAUACACAGGACUUCCUCAGUGGAGGGGCUGUGUGAGGGCGUGCACGCGGGGCUCGUGGACGUGGGGAUCUGGGUCGGCACGUGUGCAGACUAUCCCCGUGGCGACGCUUCCACAGGAUGGAACUCCGUGUCGCGCGUCAUCAUCGAGGAGCUCCCCAAAUGAGACGGCGUCUACUUGGUCUCCCCCCCCCCCCCUUUCCUUCCAGACACACACCAUCUCUGGCUGUGUCUCUACACGACUGGGCCUUUAAGGACGUGCCUUUAUAUGAUCAACAAGCCCUGUCUCUGAAAGAAAUAAACUUUUUUUUUUAUAGAAACGUUA